GAGAGAGAGAGAGAGAGAGAGAGAGAAAGAGGGAGAGAGCAGAGUUGUGUCCCAUAUGUGGAAAAAAGCAUAGCAGUGCACACACGGAUCUGCUCUGCUCCAGGGAUUAUCCUAGUGCUUUCAGAUCUGAUGGAGGACAUGCAGGCAUGAAUAGGGCUAUUCUGUUGUCAGUGCACGCUCAUGCCAGUGAUGGACUACGGCCGAACCAGUGCUAACCUUGGCUGGCAUUCAUGAAACAGCAUUCCUCCUUAUCGAGACCAGCUCCACAGAAUGCUGAGUCCUAUUGUCCCCUAUAGCUUGUUAAAGAUGCACUGGAACCCAGAGCAUGCCCAGCCCCUCAGCCAGUGGCCUGAGCAGCACCUGGACGUCUCCUCUACCACUUCCUCUCCAGCCCAUAAGUCAGAAUUCUACUCUAGCCGAGGCCGCGGCUCCUACAACUACGCCUGGGCAAAUGAUGACAUCUCUGCCCUCACAGCCUCCAACCUGUUGAAGCGUUAUGCUGAGAAGUACUCUGGUGUGCUGGACUCACCCUAUGACCGGAAUGCUACUGUUGGCACCUACCCAGAACCAGGGACAUUUGGCGGCCCUAACGGCCCGAAGACAGAGAUGGAGCCCUGGCCACUGACGCAUAGCACUGAUCCCUCCUAUCCCUUGGUUCCACCCGGAGGCCAUGAUAGCAAUUUAGGCUCCAAGACUGUAGCCACAUCAGCAGGUCCUCCAGGGAUUAGCAGUGUGUCAGUUGUGAACAGUAACCUCUCAGACUCUGGUUACAGUGGCAGCAGUUCUUGCAGUGGUUCCAGCGAGUACCCCUCUAGUUACAACGGCACCUAUCUUUCCUCAGGGUUCUGUCCACAACCCGGUGCAGCACUUCCCCCUGCCUCAAUCCAUACUCUCCAGUCUACCCCAACUCUGGUGCCCAGUUACAGCCCCACUACAGCUGUCUAUAACUAUGCGCCAAGCACAUACCCUCCCCAGACCAGUCUUGCUCCCAGCUACAGUCACCCCUCAGCCACUUACCUUCCCUCAGGUCUUCCAGCCCCUACUCCUGUUCCGUCUCGGCCCACAGUGGUAGGAGGCAGCUACAGUUACCACGGCACCACCCUUGAGUCUGGAGGGGCAUUAAAAAGAAAAGCAUUUGAUAUGAGCAUAGAGGAAGACAACAGUGGGGACAGGUCUCGAUACAGAAAAUAUAGCUAUGACUCCUUGAAAGCUGGAGGAAACUCUCCCUACAGUUUAAAUGACAAAACAGAGUGCAGAGGAAAUGGCUUCAGUGGUUCGGGCAGUGCAGAUCCUCAAACUUUCAAGUCCAGUAAGCCUUCCUCCCAGCCCCUGGUGUCUCCUCAGUUUGGGACAGGAGGAGAGUAUAGCCCGCCACCAGGUAUGACAGGGGAAAAUGGGGUAGCGGAGCAGGGUUUCAACCAACAGCAGCACCACUCUCAGGCACUCAAACGGCCUCCAUUAUGCACUCCUAUUGAGACGUUAAAGAGCCCAGAUCCCCGACUACUGGAGCUUGUAAAUGAGGAGUUACUGGACUGCAUCCCAGCAUUGCUCUGGAGUGAACUAGUUGGGCUCACCCAUGUUAAGGCUGCCUUGGAGGAGGACUUACUGUGGCCUGUGUUGAGACCCAGUCCAAUGAUUCGGCCACCAAGAACUGUCCUGUUGUUUGGCCCCAGGGGAGCAGGUAAGACGACACUGACUCGUUCACUGGCCUCACAGUUAGGGGCUUGCUUUUAUCGUGUGAGUGGAGCCAUGCUGGCCGCCAAAGGGAAGAUGGAAGCCGAGCACAUUCUGGCUUCACUGCUGCAGGUGGCAUUAGCACGGCAACCCUCUGUGGUGCUGCUUAAUCAGGUGGAGGCCAUAGAAGAGGAGGGGUUGAAGCAGAUUCUGCUGAGUACCUUGGAAAAAUCCCAGGGGGCGACCGCAGAUCUCAUGAUUCUUGUAUGUGCUACUGGAAGACCAGAUCUACUGCAAGACACGGUGCAUCGGAGCUUUGCCAAGAGGUAUCAUGUGGGUCUGCCGGAUGUGGGUAUGCGCCGACAGGUGUUGCUGCAGGCCUUGACUCCCCAAGGCUGCAGCCUAAGUGAGAGGGAGCUAAACACUGUGCUGCAGCGCACAGAGGGCUUCUCUGUGUGGGAACUGCUGCAACUCAGCCAGCAGGCACUCUCCUCUGCAUCUUCCCCAACUGGAGCCAUGCAUGGCCUCGCUACAUCGCCGAAACCCCCAGACUUCACAGAUUUUGAGAAUGCCUUCUGCAAGGUGCGGCCACAUACAACUGCAAAAGAACUGGACACUUGUGUAGAGUGGAGCAAGAUGUAUAGCCACUGAAAAGGCAGCCAGUCCCUGUACUUGGACUGUACUAUGACCCGCUCUGUGCUUUGACACAGACAGCCUUGGUAAUGGUUUGCUGUUGUUUUUUUAAUUACAGAUUAUGCAGCCAAAAUAGCCAGAGAUGCUCAACAUUAGGGGAAUGCUGACAAAAUGAUUUCACUGGCAGAAGCAUACCAUGGCGUGCUAUUUUGUUUCGUCACAAAUACACUUAAUUUUUCAUGUUUCCCAAAGAAAAGAAUAACAAAUAGCCCCUGAUGAGUGGGAUGGUUUAUCAAUGGUUUGGCCAAUGGGAAAAUCAGAUAACUGUGUGGAUACUCUCUGAGAUCCUGAAUUGCCGUGGUCUAGGAAAAAAUCAAUUGUUCGUUGCUAGGUGACAUGGUCCGUAAUUAUGGAUAAUCAGAUUUUGGGAAAAUCCACCUAUUGGCUGCUACUCUCAGGAUCCUAUUUAUUUUCAGUCUACUUCCAUGCUAUCCUAACAUUGAUUUUAGCCAUUGGAUUGUCACUAAUCAUUCAGUGCAAAGGGCUUGGGAUUAGCAACUCUUCAGCAAAUUUUGACCAAAAACCUGUCAUACCAGAUACAUUAUCAAAAACUACUGUAGAAAUUCUCAAAAUGGACUGAUCAUCCUGAUUAUCGCCUCUUAAUAGUCUUGAUAGCUUCCUACCAAAUCAUGGCACUGUGGCUGAUCAUACAGUUGCUAAGUGCAUAAUAUUAAAAAAGGAACCUGCUUUGCUCAAGAGUUAUAAAAGAAAUGUGAAAUAUUUUUUGUUACUCUCAGCCUUUUUGGUAGCAGAUGUCACACAUCCUCAUUUACUGAACCAGUGGCAACGUGCUCACACUGAACUCGACACAAAUAACUUAUAACCUGCUUUAUUGUUCACAUUCCACACCAACCGCAGUUUUCCUGAGAAUCUCAAAUACUGAAAACCAUGUGCACAUCCAGCUUCUCCCACAGCAUGUUUGUUUUCCUAUUUCACUUACUCCUUUUGUUUUCAUAGUAUGUAGUCUUGUUUGAAAUGCUCAGGAAGAAUUUCUUUACCUCAGAUAUAUGAAAUAAAGAAUGUAUGUAAUCUUAGGGUCUUAGAAGAAAGUGGUGCAGAAUGAGACAGAGGAACAAGGAGAAACCAGACAGUCUUGUAAUACCCACUGCAGCUGGGCCUUUACCUCGGAAGAGAAACUUGAAUAUGCUACAAAGAGUAACAUUGAAUGUAAUUCAGGUAUUUCAAAGAAUAUUUGAUGCCAUAAAUCCAUGUAUUAUUAUAUAUGAAAAUAUAAAUACAUUUUUUCUGUUCUAUUACCCUUUAAUUUUAUUGUAGUUUAUGGUGAAGUGAUGACUGUUGUCGAGAAAGAUGUAGAAUACAGAAGAAAUUCCUCUUUUGUUGGACAAACUGCUUACAAAUCUUACAAAUUAAUUAACGAGUGUUUACAUAUCUUGUUAUGCAUGUCUGCUCUCCAUAGUUUUAAUGAUGCAAAAUAUCACCUAAAACUUUGAAUAUGAUGCAUUCAAUUGUUCAUGUGCACUCCAUGAAAAAUCUGAGCGCCAAUUCUACCCAAAAAGAUGACAACACAGGUGCAAAAAUGAUGACGUGACUUUUAACACAUAGAGAGUGUAUCUAUGGUUUAUGAAGCUAACAUGCAGACAAUCCAGGAAUAUCUCUUGUUUUAUAGCAGUUCUUCAGAUUCUGAUUUAACAAGCUGGAAAAACCCAGUCACUGCUCUGCGGGCGAAGAGGCUGAAUGUGUUACUGUUGCCAUGGCUAUGAGGAGGUAUACACAAGAUGAUGUAAUAUUUCCUACCAUCCCUCUGUCUCCCUGUUCUUUUCACCCUCAUCAUUCUUUUUCUCUUUUCUAUUUUCUCCCCUCAAUGCAAUCUCAUAAGAUUGGAUUGCCCCCUGGCCACAAGCUUCAGUGACCAUGUGGCGUUGUAUCUUCUCUUUGCCCCUCCCCCAGACCACCCCCUCAUACCAAUUCCUUUGGAAUGAAAGUGGACUGAUUGAUGUCCAGCAAUCCUAUAUCACAGUGCAGCCUUCCCUCGCCAGCUGAUGGCUUCAGUCAUGUCAUGCAAACAGAUAAGUCAGAGUGACCCCCGCUGUGCAAAGUGAUCGCUGGUUCAGAAACGAGAAAGCCAUUUACCAGUGACAGAACAGCCCGUGCCUCAAUCAGCCAAAAGCUCCAACAAUUAUAAAUGUAUAGUUACAGAUUAAAUGAGCAACAACAUUUUGAUUUUUAUAAACGUCUCUUCUGUUGCCAGUUUGUCCAGCAAAAGAAAACAUUAUUUUGUGAGUUUUGGUCUGCUACCGCAACAACUUUGUUCUUCGUAAUUGUACAUUUUCUGUAACCAUUUCUACCUCAUUUUUGCGGCAUAUUGUACAUGAAAGUAUUUAUUUCAUGUCUUUUUGAUGUCUGUUUUAAAAAUGAUAAUGUCCUUGAACUGUCAUAGUCUACCUCAGAAAAGACUGUAUUUUAAGAGAAGAAUAUUACACACUAUUAAACAGAAUUUGUCAAAAUUGCAUUGGGACUGUUUCUUUGCUCUUUGCCUAUCUCCAUCUCCUUUAAACUGAUGUUGAUUCAUAUGUGGAGUCAUCAGAUUAUGCUUUUCGUUGA